ACCAACUGGCCGUCUCCAACCCGAAUCCCUCCCCUUGGCACCCAGGCUCAUUAGUCAGCUGUUUCUGUCCAGAUUUACAAAAUCCUUCUCACGAAUCAAACCCUACCCUCGCAUUGGCCAAGGCAUCUUCCAGCAAUUCCAGUGUACCUGAUAGGCUGUUGAACAAGUGCUCAUCAGAUUUACCCGCCAGUGUACAACAACUAGAGGGGCCAGUUUCGGUGACUCCAUUCAAUUAUUCUCGUUACCGCGUGAAGGACAUCACCAUUAAUAGUAUCACGGUCAUUCCGCAUCGUAAGGGAAAGCAUUCCCGAACCCGGUCAGUGAGCGAUGUUCAGGUGCACGAUGAUCAGCUGCAACUGUGUUCCGCUCAAGUUCGAUCGGCGGACGUCGAAUACGAUUCUGGUGUGGAUGGCAUAUCGUCCCCUAUACAGCUCUCUUUGAAUAAUGAAAUCACGUACGGGGCCAGGCAAUCUGUGACAGAAAAACUGGACGUAUGCCCGCAAACUGAUCAGUAUGAAGAGUGCCAGUCUCCCUUGGGUACAUGCUCGAGUGUUGAGAUGACAAAUAAUCAUCACGGGAUUUCCGCUAGUCCUGUUGCCAACCGAUCAACUCCCAGCGAAUCUGAUCGUUGUAUUUGUUCCUUCGCUUCGUCUGAAUCAUCAAAGCCACCCACCCGAAGCACUUCUACUAGUCAAUCCAGUCUGUGGCGCACUCCACCAAAGCCGUUCUUUAAAUCCGUUCUACGGGCGAUUCGACAAUUCAGCAUGAUUCAACCGGGUGAUCGAGUAUUAGUUUGCCUUUCCGGAGGCAAAGAUAGUAUGUCCAUGCUUCAUGCAUUACAUCAGUACCAGAUCAUGUUGCAACGCGGCUCGCCCGAAACCACUCCUGCGUCCUUCCAUUUGGGUGCGGUUACUGUGGAUCCGGGCACUUCAGCCUACGAUCCUCGACCUCUUAUACCUUACUUGGCCGAAUUGGGAGUGGAAUAUUACUACGAGAAGCAAGGUCAGUCUUACUCGUAUCCAUUCGUUUUGUUUACGGUUGUCAUGUUUCAUAUCUGCUCGUUCAUCACCCUACGGGUCAGUAAUGCUUAA